UUCUCCACAUCUCCAAAUAUUAAACACACCUCAACCCAUACCUUUCCAUUUUCCCUAAACACGCACUUUAAGGCCAUUCCUUAACUAUCACCAGUCUCUUUCCCCUCGACUUCACCUCUUCCAUGGAGUCCUCUGCAACUAUUUCCAUGAAAGCUUCUUCUUGUUAUUCUUCUCUUUUCUCUAUCUCCCUUAAUUGUACUCCUAAACGCAGGCUUUUCCCCCAUGAAACACAAUAUUCUUCAUUUUCCUUUAAGUCCCUUAAGUGUAUCCCUUCCGAUUCCGUACCCAAUUCUCCUACUAACCCUAACAUCUCUCGCUUUUCAUGCUCUGCUGUUACUUUCUCCCCUUCACCCCCAGCUGAGUUCGUUCCGGAUAAGUUGCUGCAUCUUAUUACCGAAUUCCAAUCCAUCACUGAACCAAUCAACCGCGUUAAACGGGUUAUUCACUAUGCCUCCCUCCUUGCUCCGUUUCCUGAGUCAUCCCGAGUGGAUUCCAAUCGGGUUAUGGGCUGUACAGCCCGAGUCUGGCUCGACGCCCAGUUGGACCGCUACGGAAAGAUGAGAUUUUUGGCGGACAGCGAUUCGGAGAUUACGCGAGGGUUCUGUGCUUGUUUGUUAUCGGUAUUGGACGGGGCGGCGCCUGAGGAGGUGUUGAGCGUGAAGACGGAAAAUUUGGCUGCGCUCAAUGUUGGGUUGCCUGGCGGCGAGAGGUCGAGAGUGAAUACUUGGCAUAAUGUGUUGGUAAGUAUGCAGAAGAGAACGAGGAAACUGGUGGCGGAAAGGGAAGGGAAGCAACUUGUCGAUCCAUUUCCUUCGUUGGCUGUCACUUCAGAGGGUAUUCAGGCCAAGGGAAGCUACGCUGAAGCUCAGGCAAGAUAUUUGUACCCUGAUGAAUCUAAGGUCCGAGAACUUGUCAAUGUGCUAAAGGAGAAGAAAAUUGGUGUUGUUGCUCACUUUUACAUGGACCCUGAAGUUCAAGGUGUCUUAACUGCUGCACAGAAGCUAUGGCCUCACAUACAUAUAUCUGAUUCAUUGGUCAUGGCAGAUAGUGCAGUGAAGAUGGCAAAAGCCGGAUGCAAAUUCAUAACAGUCUUGGGUGUAGAUUUUAUGUCAGAAAAUGUUCGUGCCAUCCUUGAUCAGGCUGGCUUUGGAGAGGUUGGUGUUUAUAGGAUGUCAAGAGAGCGCAUUGGUUGUUCAUUGGCAGAUGCUGCAUCUAGCCCUGCUUAUAUGAAUUAUCUUGAGGCAGCUUCAGGGUCCCCUCAUUCAUUGCAUGUUGUCUACAUAAAUACUUCACUUGAGACAAAGGCUUAUGCUCAUGAGCUUGUGCCUACAAUCACCUGUACUUCUUCUAAUGUCGUGCAAACUAUCCUGCAGGCUUUCGCUCAAAUUCCUGAUUUAAAUGUGUGGUAUGGACCUGAUUCAUACAUGGGUGCCAAUAUUGCAAAAUUGUUCCAACAAAUGACAGUGAUGACUGAUGAUGAAAUUGCUGAGGUACAUCCAGCACAUAAUAGAGACUCCAUCAAAGCAUUGUUAUCUCGCUUGCAUUAUUAUCAGGAUGGAACAUGUAUUGUUCAUCAUCUUUUUGGAAAUGAAGUUGUGGAGAAGAUAAAUGAGAUGUACUGUGAUGCUUUCCUUACUGCUCAUCUUGAGGUCCCUGGAGAAAUGUUUUCCUUGGCAAUGGAAGCAAAGAGGAGAGGAAUGGGGGUUGUCGGUUCCACUCAAAAUAUAUUAGAUUUUAUAAAGCAGAGAGUUCAAGAGGCAUUGGAUAGAAAUGUCAAUGAUCACUUGCAAUUUGUUUUGGGAACAGAAUCAGGGAUGAUUACUUCAAUUGUUGCAGCAGUUCAGCAUUUAUUAGGUUCUGCAGGGUCUUCAGCAGGAGCUAAAAUUAAUGUUGAAAUUGUCUUUCCAGUCUCAUCAGACUCGAUAACAAGAACAUCAUCAAAUUCAUCCCCAAGCCUGAAAUCAGUAACGGCAGGGGACUUUGCAUUACCUGUUGUACCUGGAGUUGCUUCUGGGGAAGGAUGUUCCCUUCAUGGUGGCUGUGCUUCCUGUCCAUAUAUGAAGAUGAACUCUCUCGAUUCCCUUCUAAAAGUUUGUGAGCACCUGCCUGAUGAGAAAAAUGUCAUUGCGGAGUAUGAAGCAGAGCGGUUUAAACUGCAAACUCCGAGUGGAAAAUCAAUUGCUGAUGUUGGUUGUGAACCAAUACUGCACAUGAGACACUUCCAGAUGACAAAAGAAAUGCCAGAGAAGCUUGUAAAUGAAGUUCUUCUCUCCAAUGGCAAUGGAAGGCCAAUAUCAUAAUAAGGGUGAUAAAAUCUAGGCUUGAGAGGAUAUUAUUUAGAGGUUAUAACCUACAGCAGAAGAUUUUUAUGUCAAACAUCUUGUACACACAUCUGCUAUAGAAAUCGUUGUACCUGCCAACGGUUUAGUUGAGCAUCUUUUCGUUUUUCUUUUUUAAUUAUUUAAGAAAAAUAGUAGUUUAGUGUUAGGUUCAUACGAAAUUGAGUGAUUCAUGAUCUUAGAAAAUGUUGUAACCAUUUGUUGUGUAUAGGAGCGUCAUAAUCAUGGCCAUGGAACAACAUAUUUUGGCUAAACAAGCCAGACUCUCAUCUUAACAAACUGAAAAUUCGAAGUCUUUUUAUUUUUCUU